CCUAAACCCCAUUCUUCCCUCUUUUCUCUCGUUCUGCGUAUUUUUCUCUUUUUAUGCAACACAUCGAGCUUCAGAUUCAAAAAUGUCAAGCAACAAAGGACCUGGAUUCUUCUCUGCUAUUGGCAGCAAGGCCAGAGAUGUCCUAACGAAGGAUUACAACGCUGAUCACAAACUCACUAUCUCUUCCUCCUCCAACACCGGUGUUGAUUUGAGUUCCACAUUGUUGAAAAGUAGAGGACUCUCAUCUGGAAAUGUGGCUGCAUUGUUUAAAUACAAAGACAAAACGGAAGUUCAUGUCAAAGUUGAUACUGAAUCAAGUGUAUUGACAACAUUUACUAUAUCAGACAUAUUGCCUUCUGCUAAAGCGAUUGCAUCCAUACGAGUACCUGAUUACAACUCUGGCAAGUUAGAGCUUCAGUAUCUUCAUGAUCAUGUGGCUUUUACUACUGCCUUUGGUUUCAAUCGUUCCCCUACAAUUGAUUUUUCUGCAACAAUUGGGACUCCUGGCAUUGCAUUUGGGGCAGAAACCAGCUUUUCAACGGCUAUUGGCAAGUUAACAAAGUACAAUGCUGGUGUUUGCUUGAAAAUGCCGACUUCCAAUGCUUCAGUAAUUUUAGCUGACAAAGGAGACUCCAUGAAGGUAAUGUAUUUGCAUCAGCUGGAAAAGUUGAAUGGGGGCGCCGUUGUAGGAGAGAUUAGCAGAAGGUUCUCUACCAAUGAGAACACAUUGACAGUGGGAUGUUCAUACGUAGUCGAUACACAGACGGUUGUGAAAGCAAAGCUGAACAACCACGGGAACCUUGGAGCUGUGUUGCAGCAUGAGCUUACAGACAAGUCAUUCUUGACUAUCUCGGGUGCCUUUGAAACGAAGGCUUUGGAAAAUAGCCCCAAGUUUGGCUUCUCACUUUUGCUCAAGCCAUAAAUGAAUUUAUAUAUAGUGAUAAUGCUAAAUCUCAACAGAUAAAAUAUUCCAUGUUUUUUCCCACAUAUUUCUUCAAUCAGGUAGAACAGAGUAAGAAAGUUUAGGAAAUCGAUAUAGAUUGUCGAUGCCUUCAAUUUUGUUCUUAUUAUAUUCAAAUGAUUGAUUGGUUGUAUUGAGAUUGUAUUGACAUUGUCAUGGGAAUGAAAUCUAAAUUAUUGAUAGCAUCUAAUUUGAAACUAAUUAUCA